AGCGAUGUGAAGAUCCCGCAACACUCUCCAGAGCCGGCCUCGUGACUCACGCGCGUGAUGUAGAGCGCACGUGCGCGUACUACACGUUUCUAUGAUAACGGUAUCUGGUGCUUGCUACGCUCUACUUAAUGUCUUCCUGUUGGUGAUAUGCGUGGUUUACAUCGCAGUGCGCGCUGUGCUCGGUGCAUGCUGGUGGUGCGUUAAAACACCUGUCCUCUUCUGCUUCUACUUCUUCAUGGGUGUUAAGAACUUCGUGCAGCACGGUAAAGCCCAGCUGCCGGAAGAGGAAGAGUUUGAUCCAGAGAACAUGUUUGCAAACAGACGCAGAGCACCGACAGGUCCUAAACGUGAACCCGGACAAGGGUUUACUACUGAACUUCCAAAAAAUACUGAAGACAGCAUAAAGCGGCUCCUAUCGUUAGCGAACAAAGACUGCUACACAGUAAUGGGAGUCACUCCUGACGCCAACCAGGCUGAUAUUAAGAAAGUCUACCGACAACAAGCAAUCCUCGUUCAUCCUGACAAAACAUCACAUCCUGGAGGUGAUGCAGCCUUCAAGAUACUGGCACAGGCAUUUGAGACUGUAGGGGACCCUGAAAAACGUAGUGAGUACGACGAAGGGUUGAUAACACCAGAACAGUUCGCAGAAGACAUCGAGACAAUGAUGAGGAAGCUGUACGAGACAUACAGCAACACGUUACCCUGUGCGGGUUGUAAUCACGUACACAAGAUUACCCUGUGUGAGGGAAAGGCAUGUAGCCGGUACUGUGAGGAGUGUCGGGAACAGCAUACAGUUAAAGAGAAUGACAUAUGGGCCGAGACCAAAUACAUGGGAUUGCACAUCAGUUAUUUUGCUUGCAGAAAAGGACAAGUAUUCAAUGUCUCGGAUUGGAUUAUCUGUCAGGGUAUCAAGAUCGUACCAAACACUCAUGUAAUACAGUGUGCACUCCGCAACCAGACCAAGACGUUUGACGACAUAAUGGAAGACUGGAAAGAAGAAGCCAUGGGGCAAAAGAAGGGGAAACGCAACAAUGCGGCUCCGGAGGGCCAACAACAACAACCACCACAGCAGUCCAGCAAGUCUAGGAGAUCUCGGAAAAAGAGGAAAAAAUGACCUUCAACACAAUCCCUUGAUUCCACCCAAUCUUAUCGAUGAAUUAAAGACGUUGAUAUGGCCUGGGAAGAAUUAGUCUACAGUUGUAAAUAGUUUGAAUCAGGCCAUCCCUAAUUGGUGAGACUUUAUGAGAAAUUUAUAAAGUCUUUCCAAAAAAGGAUAGCUAGGCGCCAGUUUCAUAUGCAAUUACUAUGGGAAUGUUCACUUAGACCAGUUUACCCAGUUUAACUCAGUGUAGAAAGAUGAUUUAUUGGAAAAUAUAAACGGUCUAGGAAUUUAUUUAUGUUUGUAAAUUUAAGUAAUCUGGUGCAAAUUUCCGGAUUUCUGCGGGUCUGGUUCUACUCCCAGUGUGGUGCGAAGCUCGGUUUUUGAGCGCAUAAACCACCUCCCCAACUGUUGCAACAUAUGUUUUAAAUUAUAGCGUUUGAGUGAUUUAAAAUCAGUGGCACCCGUUUGGGUUUUUAGUGUAAUUGUUAUUGGGAUUUAAAGCUUUAAGGAGUGGCUUACUGUUUUAUAACUUCUUUUGAACUUUGGUUUUUAUUUUAACAACGCUCAGAUUUCGUUGACCAGCCACUGUCGACGGUUGAUAUAUAUAUCUGAUCAAGGUGAUUUGGUGUAUUUAUUAUUUUUCUUAGGAAAUACUACUACGAUGUAACUGACAAUUAUUUUGCAAAUUACCCAAUCAGAAUUCAGAUCA